ACAAACAAAAACAGGUUAAUAAUAAAUAGUAUACAAUAUGCCUAACAAGUAAAUUGUUAUGAUGUUUAAGAUGUGUCAUUCACACGUUACGCAAGCAUACCUUGUUUGUACUUACAAUUGCUUAAUCUAUUAUCAACUGAGGUAGACCACAAUUUUAUCAAACCUGUUUCACAAUGAAUUGCUGUUUUUGUGUGUAAACAAGUCACAAGUAGACCGGCGAUUCAGUGUUACAUUAUAACCGGGCUAAGUUGGUAGUCUCGGUUGACUAUUUGUGUAAAAUGGCGACAAAAGUAGCUGUAGUAACGGGGGCGAAUAAGGGUAUCGGGUUCGCGAUAGUGCGCGGGCUGUGCAAGCGGUUCGAGGGCGCUGUAUACCUGACCUCACGCAGCGUGGAGCGCGGCGCCGCGGCCGUGGAGGCACUGGAGCGCGAGGGUCUGCGCCCCCGCUACCACCAGCUCGACAUCACCGACACACGCAGCCUCGAAACUUUCAGAGACUACAUCAAGAAGAAUUAUGACGGAAUCGAUAUCUUAGUCAACAACGCUGGCAUAGCAUUCGGGAGGCACGCCACUGAUCCUGUAGCUGUCCAGGCAGAACAGACGAUACACGUCAAUUACUUUGCUUUGGUCACAACUUGCGAUAUUUUAUUCCCAGUUCUUAAAAAUGGUGCUAGGGUUGUCAACAUUUCAAGUUCUUACGCUCACUUGAGCAACAUCCCUAGUCAGGCGUUGAGAGAUAAGCUGAAAGAUGAGAAAUUGACUGUGUCAGGGUUGUCAGCUCUGAUGCAGCAGUACGUGGAUGCUGCUAAGCAAGGCACCCAUGCUGCGGAGUGGGGGAACUCCUCGCUGGUGGUGGCUAAAGUUGGAGUGACGGCGUUGAGUAACAUUCAUCAACGCAUGUAUAUGGAUAGAGACUUCAAAAUUAACUCAGUGCAUCCCGGCUUCGUGGACACUGACAUGUCUUCACACAAUGGGCCUAUGACGAUAGACGAAGGAGCCGCUGCACCAUUAUACGUCGCUCUAGAUGCCCCAGAUACAUUAAGAGGGCAACUCAUAUGGUUCAACAAGGACAUCGUCAGUUGGGAUGGUGUUAAACCCGAUAGAGAAUUUUAAAUGUAAAAUAUGUAUUAUUCUUAAUAAAAUGUUGUACUUAAAA